AUGAAUUCGUCUGAAACAGAAGUCUUCUCGACUGAACAACAAAACACAGUAACUAAUGAAGAUGAAAUCAAAAUCACGACAGGUUCAGUCAAAAUCACUCCCAAUACUGAACUCUACUAUGAACUUCGUUUACCAAACAUUUCACAAGAAACAUCAAAAGUAAUUAUGAUAAUGGGUGCAUUUGCUACAUUGAAACAUUUCGAUGAGCAAGCACAAGUUAUUGUCAAAUAUUUUGCUCAUUCUUCAACACCAGUGGAAAUUUUGACAUACGAUCAUUGUGGAAUAGGGAAAUCACUAACUACUUCAAAAGUUCGGCAAACAUCACGUAUGCUUGCUAAUGAUGCUUGUGCUUUGAUUAAUAAAGUCUGGGUAGCAAAUGAGCCUAUCCAUGUAUACGGUGCCAGCCUUGGUGGAAUGGUAGCGCAAGAAUUGGCUUUACUUUUAAUUCAGUCAAAUCGUUUGAAAUCGUUGUAUCUUGCGGUGACAUCACGUGGUAGUUACAUUCGACCGAUGGCAAUACUUGGUCAUAGUAUCUGGUCAUUGUUAAUGCCGUUUCUUAUCAAGAAAGAUCAUGAAAGAAUGGUUCGCGAUGUUCUUCUGCCUUCUACAUAUUCACCUUCUGCUCUCAAAGUCAACGGUGAGCUAUAUGCAACUUUAUGGAUUAAUAACUACGAUCAAUGGUGGGCUUUUGAUAAUCAAGAUGCUUGUGCUUGUCAGUGCUCGGCAGCUGCUUCACAUUAUUUAUCGAAUGAUGAAUUACGCUUGAUACGUACUACAGGUAUUCCGAUUACCGUUCAAAUAUCUUUGAAAGAUCGAUUGAUAUCACCGAGAAAACAAGAAGAACUAGCAAAAUUAUUAAAUGCCAAGACAGCUGUAUUCGACCAAGGCCACUUGGGUGAUGAUGAUGUCAAAAAAGAAUUAUUUCAAGCAUUCAUCGAACAUCUUGCAAAUGUUAAUUAA